AUGGCCGAUAGCUUUUCGCAGGGACGCAGUGGUCGCAAAUAUCGCUCCAAAAAGCAGAGGCCCUGCGACCUCUGCCGCUCGAGAAAGACACAGUGCAAGAUCUUGGAUGGCGAUGCUGUAUGCGAGCUGUGCAAAAGGCUGGACCGCUCAUGCACAUUUGUCUUGCACCCACUGAGGAAAGAGCGGCCCCUACCCGUUCACGGUGACGCUACGGAAGCGCAUGCGCAACCAGUCGUUCAGAGUCAAAAUGAGCUCGAGCUCGAAGAUGUUCAAGAAGAUCCUGCUCUAGCUCAAAUUCCUCGUCCGGAGCAUGGCGACUCUGAUACGGCCGCGGACGCAGCUUUAUCAACAUCAUCAUGGCCGAAUGCCGUCUCUCAUGACCUGGACUCUCCAUCCAAUCUAUUAGCCAUGGAAUGGUCCUCCAUGGACUUUUCUUUUGGUGUCUAUAACCAGGCACAGUCUUCUCAGACUGAUCAGACUGUGGACUCCCGAAUGAAGGGUGUACAUUACCCUCAGGCUGAACAACCUAGCGCCAGGAAUCCUGUAUACCAUCCCAACUCUUCACUUCCGCUUAAUAACACAUCUCCUUCUUAUGCUAAUAACUCAGCUGAACGGAGCAAUGAGGAACCCGAGCUUGGUGCUCCUGCAAAUGAGCCUAACGUGGAUUGCUUCUUCCGGGUUCAUAUGGACGGGCAAAAAUCAUAUCAAACUGUCGAUUGGCCAAUCGAAUUCUCCUUGGACUCUAGGAAAGGCUAUUCUAAUCAGGUAAUAGGUUUAUCCGGGGAGUCGGAUCCAUUCCUUCUCCGCUAUCACCAGUAUAAUAUGCACGAUACGUAUCCAAUGUUUAGACUGGAUUUUCGCAAUAUCAUGGGGGAUGAGAAGUUGCAGCCGCGGGCUGAAAAUGCCCGCCCUGGUCGAGCUGCGCUUCCUGUCGGUUACAUCCCUGUGCAGUUCGUUAUGACGGACGAGAUAAUAUGCGAAGAUGAUUUGAAAAAUGCAGAGGCGACAUAUUCGGGAUGCAAAACAGAGCCUGAUGACCUUGAACUGCUCAAAAAACUCGUGCCAGGCGAUUUGGGAGCGCGUCUACUAAAGCUAUAUGCUCGAUCUGUACAUCCACGUUUCCCCGUACUGUCUAUAACUGAUAUCAAACAAGACCUCGAAGGCCAUUGCUGCUCAAAGCUUCCCAUUGGUAUUAAAGCAGCCGUGUUCGCCUUGGCUACUCCUUUCAUGUUCUUGGACGAUGAAUUGAGCGUCUCUAAAGGAUAUCUCCAGCUUUCCACCACUGAACUCUGGGCUAUCGCAGAGCGUAGUUAUCUUCGCUGUAUUCGCAUCUCACACCUCUCAUCCCUACAACUAUGUCUUAUGCUACUCCAAAUGCCUCCUCGGAAUUAUGUCGUGGCAGACCCGCCUAGUACUUGGGCUCUGUCUUGCUCUGCUUUAUCUAUUGCCGAAAGCUUGGGACUCAACCUGGACCCAUCUAACUGGCGGCUACCGGCGAAUGAAAUCCGGUUGCGGAGGAGGUUGUGGUGGUUGACUUAUAUUCAACACGCCUGGCAUGCUGUAUUACUGGGUCGGCCAUCACACCUCAAUGAUGACAAUUGGGAUGUUUCGAGGCUUAUGAAUGAUGACUUUGACGUGAACGAGCAUUUAGACGAGGAAACUCAGAAUUCCAUCGAUCUGCAGAUCCCUAUUCUGCUUGCUCAGUGCAAUUUAUCCAUAAUUGCUGCCCAAAUUUUGAAAGAACUCUACACACUGAAAGCAGUGCGCGAAUCCCCUUCCUUGCAAGAAAUUCUAGCACGAGCUCAGUCGUUACGAGCAUGCAUUGAAACCUGGAGGCAGACUCUUCCCGUUCUCUCUGCGAAAGUGUCUGAUUUAGACGACGACGAUCUUGAACAAUGUGCCGCCCUGCGAUUAUCCCACUUGACUCUUGAAAUAUUAAUCUACCGAGCGCUCCUCCGCCAUCUAUCAUACCGAGCUAUAUCACAAGACGAGGGAACGAGGAAACCGAUUUCAACGAUUUUUGAAAAUAGCUUCAUCUGUUCCAAACUAGGCACCGAGAUUGUCAACUCUCUCAAACCAAGGCAUUUUGCAAAUUUUUGGCCUCAAUAUACCAGAUAUCAAUUGUGCUACAUAUCGAGUCUCAUUUCACUAAGUUUCGCUCAGUCGCCAACCACAGGAAUUGCUCACCAAAGCAAAGUUAUCCUCGGCAAAUGGAGAGAUAUUUUACGUUCUCAAGCGCAAGCGUGGCCAUUGGCCAGACUGGCCACAAUGAGGUUAGAUGCUGUGUUUUGGAAGGGUUUGUCUGCUGUCAUUCAUGGGACCGGCCCAGAGAGUCCGGCAAUGACACUACUCAAGGAACAAGACAUGCAACUUUCCAGAAAUAGAAUUUCACAAUAA